AUGGGAAAGAAAGGGGGAUCAUCUUGGCUGACGGCGGUCAAAAGAGCAUUCAGAUCUCCUGUUAAAGACAGUGAAAAGAAGAACAAUAGAAACCAAGAUAAACAAGAAGAGGAAGAAGAAAAGAAGAGGGAGAAACGUAGAUGGCUUUUUCGGAAGCUCAACCACCAGGAGAUUAAUGCAACCCCGCCUAAAACGAGCAAUGCUGCCGGUGCUGCACCUUCAGUGACCAGUUCUUUGGAAGCUGCUUCUAUUCAUCACCAAAGGCAUGCUAUUGCUGUGGCUGUGGCAACUGCAGCAGCUGCAGUAGUCACAGCCCAAGCUGCAGCUGAAGUUGCAAGGCCUCCCACAAAUUAUGCAAAGGAGCAUCGUGCUGCCAUUGUCAUUCAAACAGCUUUCAGAGGAUAUCUAGCAAGGAGAGCUCUUUGUGCAUUGAAAGGGCUUGUAAAAUUGCAAGCUCUAGUAAGGGGUCACAAUGUGCGGAAGCAAGCGAAGAUGACCCUGAGAUGCAUGCAAGCUCUUGUUCGAGUGCAGGCUCAGGUACUUGACCAAUGCAAGAGGCAAUCAAGCGAAGGAAGCAGAAUAUCGACAUUUAGCGACACCAAUAGUGUGUUGGAAUCACGGUGCCUCCAAGAUAUGUCUCUCUCUGACAGGAAAUCAAUGUCAAGAGAUGGAAGCAGCAUUCCAGAUGAUUGGGAUGACCGUCCACAUACCAUUAAUGAGGUAAAAGCAAUGUUACAGAAUAGAAAAGAAGCUGCCCUGAGGCGCGAAAGAAAUUUAUCACACGCCUUGCCUAAACAGAUGUGGAAAGGUGGUAGGAAUACAUCAUUAGGCAGUGAAAAUGAGCUUGGUGAAAAAUACCAGUGGCUAAACAGGUGGAUGGCAACAAAGCCAUGGGAUAGCAGAGGAAGAGCCUCAACUGAUCAAAGGGAUUAUGUUAAAACCGUGGAAAUUGACGACACUCCACAGCCUUAUUCAUAUUUAGCUCCCAAUUUCCGAAUGUCGAGUGCUCAACAUCAGCGAAGACCAAGUUCCCCUCUUCAUAGGGCAGGAGCUGCCCACCAAAGUCAACCCUUGUAUUCCCCUGUUACGCCUUCACCAUCUAAAACAAGACCCAUAGUCCGUUCUGCUAGUCCUCAUUGUGCAAGAGAAGAAAGAAGCUACCACAUGGCUCAAACUCCAAGCAUAAGGUCAGAUUACUCCUACGAUAGUGGUGGGCAUUUGCAUCCGCACAAUAAGCCUAAGAACACAACAAAUGCGAUUGGUACUGGUUGUGCAAUGCCUAAUUACAUGGCUGCAACUGAGUCUGCUAAGUCAAGGAUUCGGUCACAGAGUGCACCAAGACAGAGGCCGUCAACACCAGAGAGGGAAAGAAUGGGAGCAAAAAAGCGCUUAUUGUACCCUGUCCCAGACCCCUGCAAUUACAGUGUAGGUAAAACCUACGGAAAUUAUGGGGGUCAUAAUUUGAGAAGUCCAAGCUUUAAGAGCGUUACUAGCGGAGUACAUCUGGCAGGGUUUGAACAACAAUCCCACUAUUCUUCAUGCUAUACAGAGAGUCUUCCAGGAGAGGUUUCUCCAUCUUCAAUCAGUGACCUUAGGAGAUCAUGGUUGAGGUGA